UAUUGAGAGUCCUCAUUGCCAAACUAUAUUGUUAUUAUUUCUUCCAAACUACUUUUAUAUAGUAUCUAUGGACAAGAGUGAGAGCAUUAUUUUACGUGGAAAUUGUAGUAACCGUGAUCAUCUUAUGAGCAAUGAUCUGAUGGAUUUGAGCAAUGUGAGGGUUCUGCUUUGCGAUACAGAUGCUGAGAGUUGCCAGGAAGUAUUAGCCCUUCUUAAGAAAUGUUGUUACCAGGUUAUACCAGUGUCUUCAGCAGUAGACGCGUUAGAUGCACUGAACUCUCGGGGGCCGUGUAUAGAUAUCAUACUUGCUGAAGCCUCUCUUCUUAUUUCCAAUGGGGCGAAGAUUUUCAAUUUCAUCAAGCUGGACAUCAAUUUAAAACACAUUCCUGUGAUCAUGAUGUUGGACGAGGACGAGGUCCCUCUCGUCUUGAAAGGUUUGGUGCUUGGAGCAACAGAUUAUCUUGUCAAACCAUUCAGCAGUAUUGAGCUAAUGAACCUGUGGACUCACAUGAAAAGAAACAGCACAAAGUUAGUAUAUUAAUAAGAUUCUCUUAGUGAUGUUAUAUGUGUUAUUCUUACUUAAGCAAAAUAAUGGAGAGUUUUCCAACUGAUGGAAUAUCACUUCAUGAAAUUCUUCCUCUGAAGUAUGACCUUUAUGUGGUGGAAAACUACUCUUGAUGAUAUUACCAAUUAUUAGAUCAAAUGGUUGGCAUAAAUAAUAGAUGCCAAGGGACUGAAAUUGAAAAUGUUCUUUAUUAGUUUCUCAAGUUAUUUAAGUAUUGGUUUGAUUAUAAAGGACACUGCUUGUUGCUUCUUAUUAA